AAGUCGGGCGCUUAACCAACUGAGCCACCCAGGUGCCCCUGAAAUGUUCUCUUUUUAUGAAAUGAAAAGAAUAAUUCUCACUUACCUCUCUCAUGAAGUGAUUAGGAGGAUCAAAUAUGAAAGUGCUUGUGAAAUGUGAAGCAGAUAAAUGCUACUUAAAUGUAUCAUUUAUAUUUAUUCAACUACAAAACACCUAUUUCUCUUUUUCUUUAAGUUUAUUCAUUUUUGAGAGAGAGAGAGAGAAAAAAAAAUGGGAGGGACAGAGAGAAAGGGAAAGAGAGAAUCCCAAGCAGGCUCUGCACUCAAAGUGGGCUGGAACACAGGGCUGUGGACACAGGGCUGGAACUCACAAAGGCGAGACUAUGACCUGAGCCAAAAUCAAGAGUCAACUGACUGAGCUACCCAGGAACGCCCAAAGCACGUAUUUCUUGACAUCCACUGUUGUGCAUUGGAGAACUUAACUAAUAGGAAAGGGUCCUUAUCUUCUGAGGAACUCAAAAGUUAGAGGGUAUUUUUAGGAUAAUGAGUACAAUGGGUCUUCAGACUGUGGACCUGAAGACUUAGAAUUGGCCUAAAGAAGGUUAUAGUCAGGCUACAAUCUCAAGAUGACUUAACCCUGUAGGUGUGCCCCAAACUUGCUUUCUAUGUGUGUCACCAAAAUGAGGACUAAAGCAGUUCAAAUGCUCCAUGAGCAGGAGGAAGCUGUGGGAUGAUAGGGAGGGUCCCCACAAAGCCUGGAGCCUCGUCAGCAUCAGAAACCACAGAAAACCAGGCUGUGCAGCCAUGUUCUGGGGGCUCUGACCCCACGGAAGUCCAUGGGGAGCCCCAGACUGGCAGCCCUGCUCCUGCCUCUCCUGCUGCUCAUUGGCCUCUCUGCCUCCUCUGGGAUUGGCUGCCCCUAUCUUCUGCACUGGAGCACCCACUGUCUGCUGGCCUCCCACAUGGAAGACGCACUCACUGGAGGGUCUGCUCAUAUUCCUUGCCAUACCCAGUUGGCCCUUCCUGUGUCUCUAAAGUCCUGGUGUGCUCAGCUCUGGCUCCCCGCCUGCUAUUUGCACCUGCAUCUGAUGUCAAAUCCUUCAGACCUCCAGGGGGGCUGGAUCCACUUCCUGGUGCAGAAAUACAAAAAGUCAUACAAGUUCCGGUUCUGUAGGAGACACAAGAUGCCAGCAUCUGCUCAGGCCAACCCUGUUCUCUGCCUACAGAGGAAGCUGCUGAAUAGCUGUUGCCUGUCUGAGAAGGGUCAUCACAUUGCUGUCCCCUUCCCAGACAUCUCUCACAAGGGAUCACGCUCUAAAAGGACCCAACCUUCAUAUGCAAAGGCAAUGGAAGGUCUCCCCAGACCCAGCUCACAAAGGCAUGGAGGGCCCGAGUUCUCCUUUGAAUUGUUGCCUGAGGCACGGGCUAUUCGAGUGACCAUUGCCCCGGGACCCGAGGUCAGCGUGCGUCUUUGUCACCAGUGGGCACUAGAAUGCGAGGAGCUGAGCAGUCCCUUCGAGGCCCAGAAAAUUGUGUCUGGGGGCCAUGCUGUAGACCUGCCUUAUGAAUUCUUUCUGCCGUGUCUGUGCAUAGAGGCAUCCUACCUGCAAGAGGACACUGUGAGGUGCAAAAAAUGCCCCUUCCAGAACUGGCCUGAAGCCUAUGGCUCGGACUUCUGGAAGUCAGUGCACUUUACUGACUACAGCCAGCACAGUCAGAUGGUCAUGGCUCUAACCCUCCGCUGCCCACUGAAGCUGGAGGCCUCCCUCUGCCAGAGGCAGGGCUGGCACACCCUCUGUGAAGACCUCCCCAAUGCCACGGCUCGAGAGUCACAGGGGUGGUAUGUUUUGGAGGGAGUAGACUUGCACCCCCAGCUCUGCUUCAAGUUCUCUUUUGGAAAUAGCAGCCACGUUGAAUGCCCCCGCGGGACUGCCCCAUCCUGGAAUGUGAGCAUGGAUACCCAGGCCCAGCAGCUGGUCCUUCACUUCUCCUCGAGGAUGCACGCCACCUUCAGUGCUGCCUGGAGCCAUCCAGGCUUGGGGCAGGACAGCUUGGUGCCCCCUGUGUAUAGCAUUAGCCAGACUCAGGGGUCAAGCCCAGUGACGCUAGACCUCAUCAUUCCCUUCCUGAAGCCAGGGAGCUGUGUCCUGGUGUGGAGGUCAGAUGUUCAGUUUUCCUGGAAGCACCUUUUGUGUCCGGAUGUCUCCCAUAGACACCUGGGGCUCUUGAUCCUGGCACUGCUGGCACUCACCACCCUCUCGGGCAUUGUUCUGGUCCUCACUCGCCGGCGCCCACUGUCAGGCCCGAGCCACGCGCGGCCGGUGUUGCUGCUGCACGCGGCGGAGUCAGAGGCGCAGCUGCGCCUGGUGGGAGCACUGGCUGAACUGCUUCGGGCAGCGCUGGGCGGCGGGUGCGACGUGAUCGUGGACCUGUGGGAGGCUACGCGCGUAGCGCGCGUGGGCCCGCUGCCGUGGCUGUGGGCGGCGCGGGCGCGCGUGGCGCAGGAGCAGGGCACCGUGCUGCUGCUGUGGAGCAGUGCCGACCCCAGUCUGGCCGGUGGUCCGGAUUCCGGCGCAGCGCCCCUGCGCGCCCUGCUCCGCGCGGCCCCGCGCCCGCUGCUGCUGCUCGCUUACUUCAGUCGCCUCUGCGCCAAGGGCGACAUUCCCCCGCCACUGCGCGCCCUGCCACGCUACCGCCUGCUGCGCGACCUGCCGCGGCUGCUGCAGGCGUUAGAUGCGCUACCUUCCACCGAAGCCGCCAGCUGGGGCCGCCUCGGGGCUCGUCCGUGCCUGCAGGGUCGCCUGGAGCUGUGCCGACGGCUGGAACGGGAGGCCGCCAAAUUUUGCCAACUGAGGCUGAGCAGAGACAGGCGUAGGGGUACUGGCUGGAACCCCUGAAUGAGCCUUCUACCCUUGAAUCCUUGGGGUGCCACCUCGGGACUACUGGCCAAAAAUCCUUACGCUGUCUGCCAACCUGGGAGCAGAGCAUCUCCCUCACUGUCCCAGCCCCUUCCCCACGUGUGCCUGGCUUCUUCCUUAGGAUUACCCUUUCAGAACCAGCAGGGAGAGUUGGUCUUUACUGAGGGCUCCACCGACCCCAGUCCUGUGGGGGUGGGGGAAUCUUCCCACUUCUCUUCAAAAUUCCGGAAAGAGUAUUUUGCACAUGAACCAGUCCAGGCUGAAGAGGUUGUGGGACAGGGGUAGAGGAGGCAGGAGCUAUGGCAGUUCUGAGCGAGGGGUGACUUCAGGGGGUGGGAGAAAACCCCUUUCUGAGCCAGGAUACUGCUUUCCCAGACUGGAGCCCAGCCCAGAGGAGGAUGGAGGGAGAGAGAGAGCCUGAUCAGGGAAAGAGGUUUCAGCCUUGAGUGGCCAGGACACAGGUGUGACUAAGAUCAAGAAAAAUAAAUAAAGGUGAAUAUAAUGGAUAAGCUAA